AUGGCUGUAAUCAAAAGAACAGAGGAUGAUCUGGAGAAAUUGAACCCCUUAUACAUUGUUGGUAUAACUGUGACGCCUGAUGAAGAACAAAACUUAAAUCAUUAUGUAGAAGUUUUACAGAACCUAAUACUAAGUGUUCCUACUAGGGAGCCAGGUCGUGAGGAAAAAUCAAAGUCUCCAAGUAAUGCUCAUUCUAUAGGACCAAAGUUAUCAAGAUUUAAGGAGAUAAUUACACAUGGAGACACUUCAACUAAAAAUGAUGUUUUAACGAAUCCUGUCAGUGAAGAAACCACAGCAUCUCCCACUGGAGGCUUCACAAUGCCAGGAAGGAAGGAAAAAUCUACUGAAAGUACAGCAUUCUGGUCAAUUAAACCAAAUAAUGUUUCGGUUGUUUUACAUGCCGAUGAACCUUAUAUUAUUAAAGAGCCAGAGCCAGAGCCAGAUUCAGAAGUAAGAUCCACUGAGGCGCCAAAGCCAUUGCCAAAUGUUACUAAAUCAUCCACAAGUCCAGAUGUCACCCCUUUAAGUAGGAGCACUGACAUGGAUACUGUCACAGAACCAGAAGAUGUUCCUCAGCUCUCAGGCGAAUAUACAGUGGGAACACUUGAAACAAUAACAUUUGGAAGACACCCACAGAUUUUGAAUAAUGAAGACAUUUUGAAAAAAAUUUCAGAUAUUAGUUCACAGGUGCGACAGGCACCUCUUGUUGAAAGCCUCAAGCCAGAAUACAGAGAGGACAUUCGAGCCUCUAGAGAGCACCUAAAACGAAGCCUUGCUUUAGCAGAAGCAGCAGAACAUAAAUUACAAAAAAUGUAUAGAUCCCAGUUCUUACCACUUGGCCGAAGCAGUAGUGGAAUUGAUGACAUUGAAACUGUAAUUAACAUGCUGUACAAUUCUAGGUCUAAAUUAUCUGAAUAUUUGGAUAUUAAAUAUGUUCCACCAGACAUGAGAGAAAAGGCUACUACAGUCUUCAAUACAUUGAAAAAAAUAUUAUGUUGCGAAUCCCAACAGGUGUCUUCCUUAAUGGGUUUCUCCUGUGGGCCUUUGCUGUCGCUUGUGCUCACAAGCCAGCCUGCUCAAAUCCCUGCCACCCUGGUGCUCCCGGAGCUGUCCACCACCAGCCAGCCAUUUGAGGCCAUCUCCUCCACUGCUCAGCCACUGAGGUCCUCUGAAACUUCAAGACUCCCUGAGCCCACACCGUACCCGGGCCACCUGCAUUCCCUGCAAAAGCGGGAAGAGCAUCUGAUCUGCUUUCCGAGAGCUCAGACCAGAGGCUCCUUGUUGGAAUUUCUCAGGAGCAAGUUGGCCAGUGGCCAGCACGUGGGUGACCGAGGGGCUGUGGGUGUGAGCAGGGCUUUAGAAGACUCAGGAAGAGGAGGAGCUGGAGAGAAGUGA